AUGACUCCCACAAGGAUAGGCUGGAAGGCCUCCGCUGUCAUCUUCUGCAUCCUGACUUGGGCCAGCCUGACAGCCGGGGACCGCGUAUACGUCCACCCCUUCCAUCUCCUCUACUACAGCAAAAGCACCUGUGCCCAGCUGGAGAACCCCCAGGCGGAGACACCCCCCGAGCCGACCUUCAUGCCUGUUCCCAUUCAGGCAAAGACCUCCCCUGUGGAUGAGAAGACCCUGCGAGAGCAGCUCGUGUUGGCCACUGAGAAGCUGGAGGCCGAGGAUCGCCUGCGAGCCUCCCAGGUCGCCAUGAUCGCCAACUUCAUGGGCUUCCGCAUGUACAAGACGCUGAGCGAGGCAGGAAGUGCGCCCAGAGGGGCCGUCCUCUCUGCACCAGCUCUCUUUGGCACUCUAGUCUCCUUCUACCUUGGAUCCUUGGACCCCACAGCCAGACAGCUGCAGGCACUGCUGGGUGUCCCCGUGAAGGAGGAGGACUGCACUUCCCGGCUGGAUGGGCACAAGGUCCUCGCUGCCCUGCAGGCCGUUCAGGGCUUGCUGGUCACUCAGGGUGGGACCAGCAGCCAGGCACACCUGCUACAGACUACCGUGGUGGGCCUAUUCACCGCCCCGGGCCUGCGCCUAAAGCAGCCGUUUGUUCAGAGCCUACCUCCCUUUGCCUCAGCCGUCUUCCCACGCUCUCUGGACUUAUCCACUGACCCGGGUCUUGCCACUGAGAGAAUCAACAGAUUCAUGCAGGCCGUGACAGGGUGGAAGAUGAGCUUGCCAUCGGAGGGGGUCAGCACAGACAGCACCCUCAUUUUCAACACCUACGUUCACUUCCAAGGGGUGAUGAAGGGCUUCUCGCAGCUGCCUGGGCUCCACGAAUUCUGGGUGAACAACAGCACCUCCGUGUCUGUCCCUAUGCUCUCUGGCACUGGCAACUUCCAGCACUGGAGUGACUCCCAGAACAACUUCUCCAUGACACGUGUGCCCCUGGGAGAGAGUGCCAGCCUGUUGCUGAUCCAGCCCCACUGCAUCUCAGACCUAGACAGGGUGGAGGCCCUCAUCUUCCAGCACGACUUUCUGACUCGGAUAAGGAACCCGCCACCUCGGGCCAUCCGCCUGACCCUACCCCAGCUGGAAAUUCGAGGAUCCUACAACCUGCAAGACUUGCUGGCCCAGGCCAAGCUACCCACCCUUUUGGGUGCCGAGGCAAAUCUGGGCAAGAUUGCUGAGACCAACCCAAGGGUGGGAGAGGUUCUCAACAGCGUUCUCCUUGAACUCAGAGCAGGAGAGGAAGGGCAGCCAAGCGAGCCUGCCCAGCAGCCUGGCUCAGCUGAGGCCCUGGAUGUGACUCUGGACAGUUCGUUCCUGUUUGCCAUCUAUGAGCGGUACUCAGGCGCCCUGCACUUCCUAGGCAGAGUAGAUAGGCCUCAGAGUGUGGUGUGAGGUGCCAGAGGGGCCCUUGUGAGCAGCCAUGGAGACAAGGCCAGCUUCAGAGAGCUACACAAAACUCAUUGCUGUGACCCCUGGCUUCCCAUCACCCCUCCCAGCGAGGCAGAGGCCGUCUCCUUGGAGACAGCACUGAUGGGGAAUAAACAAUGAGCA